GCGGAGGUUCUUAACAAAGCUUCUCCCUCUUCCCCGCCAGUUAAUGCGCCACAGGUUGAAUAGCGCUCAAGUUGAAGCCGACGGCAACAAUGGGGCGGGGCUGCACGAUGGAUGAGUGGGUCCACUUCCAGAAGCUGCCUGAGGAGGGACGCGUACCGAAUUCUUCCUACUGGUAUGUGCUCUGUCGCCAUUGCGUGGCCGGGUACGAGCAAAAACAACUCUUUAAUGCGCCCUCCAAGCUCACGGGCCGCCGCUCCGCUAUGCAGUCGCACCUCAAAAUAUGUCCUAUAUACGCCACGCAGUACCAGAAUGAGCUCCAGGCAAAGGCAGAAGCGGAAGCGGCUGAAUCCAGCACGACGACAAGCGCGGUUGCCACAGCGUCACCGGCGUCAACGGGCGAGAAGCGCAAGCGCAGAGCCGACGGAGAGAGCAGUGGAUCCCGUGGCGGCCGCGGCAAGCACUGUAUGAUGGAAGAAUGGGAACAUUUCACACGACUGCAGGAUGAAGGCUACAUCGGCAAGUCUAAUUUCUUCUACGCCCUGUGCAAGUACUGCCAGCGCGCGUACGACGAGGCAGAGGAGGAUCAGAAGCCACUGCUGGUGCCGGAGAAGCUCGUGGGCAGACGCGAGAAGAUGCGCAAACACCUCUCGCUCUGUCCGCAUUUUAAAGGGGACCUGCCAUCUAUGGAGCGCAGGCUGCAUGUACUUCAGCGUGGCAACGGGAUGCUGCCUAGCGUCGUGUUCAGUACCCUGGCUGCUGGAGCUGCUGCCAGUCAUGGAGCGACGGUUGCUACCUCUGCUCCCACUACUGAAAUUACAACAGACCCUGAUGUACCCCCUGUGGCUGCGAUGUUUCCCAUAGCCUCGACACGACUGGCGCUGGACGAGUGGAUGUACUUUACGCGUCUCGAACGCAAGAAAGAUAGUGCGUACUAUUACGCACGUUGCAACUUCUGUCAACAGGCGUAUGAACACGCUCCAGAGAACCUGAAGGCUUCGAUGGAGCCAGCCAUUGUCAUGGGCCGCAAGAGCAACAUGCAGACACACUUGUCCAAGUGCCUCCAUGUGCCCAAGGAUCCAGCAGCGAUGGCCAGGAUUUACAACGCAAGUCUUGGUGGUGUAAGUACUUCCUCCGCUGCUACAUCGCUGGAUGUGUCCGGAUCCAAGCGUUCCAGAUUGGAGGUGGCCAGCACGUCUUCAGCGCAUUCCCCUGAUAGCUCCACUGUGAACCACGCCCUGGUGCAAGUUCUUCUCGAACAUAACCUGCCAUUUGAAUGGGUGGAAAGUGACAGCGCCAAGCAGUUAUUCCGCGCACUGAUACCUGCAUCUGACGUCAUAAACAAACUGAUACCGAGAUCGAGAGACUUGCGUACUCGUGUAUUGGAUGAAGUUCACAGCGCGACGGUCCUCAACGAGCUCACUAAGUUACAAGAGCCCAUUCCUCCGGCAGUAGGCACGUCUGCCUUCUCUGUCGAGUCUGUCACGCCUACCGGAUCUUGGCCGGUUAUGGUGCACUGCAACCUCACUACCAGUCACCAGGUCGUGGACAUGCAGAUACCAGUAAUCGACGGCAUUGUAACCAAUGGGAAAGCUAUUGCACCGCUUGCAUUUGUCCGGGCACAAAAACCGGAUUCUGGCGUGGAGGCCGCUCUUGCUUACAGCCACGGACUCGAGAUGGCUCGGUGGCUAGAUGAACAUAUCCGGCUCUGCGUUGACGGGACAAAGUUGGCUCUCGCGGCUGUAGUAUUGCCAUACAACAUGAUGACUCAGCGUGCUGCGGGGAUUCUGCGUGCUCCCUCGCAUUGGCCUCAAGUAACAUUCUUGUCGGACAUGGAGGAUAUGCUGCAGUUCCCAUUGCUGAAGCUUCUGGCGACUGCGGAAAUGUUUGCCGUCGUGUCCUCGCUGAUUGAGGUCUGGCAAUUGGAGUCCAUUCGAUCGUGUGUGAUGGAGCGACUAUCGGAAAUGGACGGCGGCGUUCAUACAAGUCCCUGCCGUAGCUGGGAGUCAUGUGCUACGCUCAUCCAAGUGCUACUGGACGAAAAAACAUUCGAGUCUAGUACGAAAAGAGGCGCGGCGAAUGCGAAGAGGCUGGUGGAGAAUGCGCUGAAUCGUUCACUAUUGGAGCGUGUGUACAAUCUGCUGCACGCCUUCACGAACGCAUUCGAUAGCUGUCGAUCUGGACUGACCCUCUCCGAGACAUUGGAGCACUUGGGUGCAUUGUUCACUGCCGCUGAAGGAUUUAUCACCGUGCAGCUCGCAUUGGAGGUGGUAUGGGAGCAAAUGGAGCAGCCUCUAUUCGUCGUGGCUCAUGCACUGAAUCCACGUCUCCGGUUACGCGACCUCAAGAGCACUGACAUUACCAGACUGAGCACGUUGAGUGAUCUCAGCGUUUCAUACUUCCGAUCCCUCUUCGGGCGUAAACCGAACUCUCUCCGAGGUGAGGUGACCGCUUACCUGCAUUUGUCACAGCGAGUGUUCACGAGCGAGUUUGUGGCUGAGUUUUCAGUUGUGGACGAUUACUUUCGCUACCUGAGCGACGAUUAUCCAUCGCUGUCCAUGUUGAUGAAAGUGCUGCACUCUUUGCAUUCGGUGUCUCUGAUGGAUCGCUCUUCUUCGACUCAAGGGACGGAGGGCGGCGAUAUGUACACGAAUGACGAGCAGCAAAAGCUCGACUUCCUGCGUGGACGAUGGGGAAUUGAGACUGAUACUUCGCCGCAUGAUUCACUGGAGGAGACAAAAAGUCGAAUUGCUGCACACAACGACCGUAGUGGUGCUGCCAUGCUGAAUGCUGGUGUCGUCGUGGACGAGUGGAAGGAGGCGCUCGAGUCAAAACUGCAUGCUCGAGGUGUGGACUUUUCUCUAUUGGAAGAUAAAUUCGAUGGCAUCGAUGAUCCGGAGGUUGCAGUGGGUACUGUGGAGACAGCAAAGAGUGAAGUUGCAGUAAGUGACCAAACUGUGCAUGGUCUCAAGUUACCCUCAUUAGAAGAGGACGACGAGCUGACGUAUCCAUCAGCUACUUUGCGUGCCGAGUUUUCGAUGAAAGUGCCGCUCAAGGAUCUGUUUAAGACGGCCGAGGCAACGAUUUAGUGCAGUGGUAAAAUUGAAUGGCUGUUCUCGGUCCAAUUACUUGUGAACUUCGGAGAGCUGCUAGUCUUUGGCAGGAAAAAUCGGCUGAUCGUCACUGGAGGUAUUUUACUGGUGCGCCGGCAGAAUCUUGCCCACGCAUGGGCCAAAGCCUAUCCUGUAGCCAUUGCCUUGGCAGAACCCAGUGACCGCCACGGUAUCGCCGUCCUGCAGGAACUUGCGCGUCUUGCCAGUGUCUCCAAGCGCGAUCUCGCGGGAUCCCUGCCAACUCAACUCCAGCAUCGAGCCCAAACUGUCGUCCGUACUGCCGCUGAUAGUGCCGCUGCCCAAGAGAUCUCCAGGUUGCAUGUUGCACCCCGUGACUGUAUGGUGCACCAACUGCUGCUUCAUGUUCCAGUACAUGUUGCGGAAGUUGCUCUUCGUAAUGGUGUAGGCUUGAUCGGAACCCUCCGGCUUUACCGAGACCUGCACAACCCAACCAGCAAAUGUGCCGCGAGAAUAGUCCGGGUCCGUAAUGUAUGGCAGCGGCGUUGGGUCCUUCUGGACUGGUCCAAAGCUCGGCUCGCAGCGGAACGGCUCCAAGGCAGCGAGGGGCACAACCCAGGGAGAAAUUGUAGUCGCGAAGUUCUUGGCUCCAAAUGGCCCAAGCGGAACGUACUCCCACUUCUGAAUAUCACGAGCUAGUGUGCAACUCAGUGUUAGUCCACGAUCAUACUUGUACGAAGUACUUAAGUAAACUGUAAGGAAUGGCAACUCACCACUCCAGUCAUUCAUUAACACCACGCCAAAGAUGUGACCCUCUGCCUUGCUCAUCGGAAUUGGCUCACCAAGAUUGUUCGAUGGGCCCACGAAGAAAGCCUGGCGACGAGGAAAACAACGUCAGAGCUAGAAGAAGUGACAGGUCGAGCUCACAGAGCGCUUACCAUCUCAAGUUCGUAGUCGAGAACACGGCAUGGACCGUAGAUGGAUCCCUUGGACGGGUCCGCCUUGUCGGCUUGCAGCUGGCCGCACGGACGACGCACAUUUGUGCCGGAUGUGACGAUCGACGAGGAGCGUCCAUGGUAGCCGACCGGCAAGUGCAACCUGCAGUAUUAUAGUAUAGUUAGUUUACCAUGCUGAAUAACAAGUCAAACCCACGUUGCUACGCACCA